UUUGUAUUUUUAUUUACAUCUGUAGCUUCAGGAUACGAGCAGUUUCGGUUCGAUUACACGUACGACCCGAAGCUGGUUGGAUGGCUGAAGCUGCAUGUGAUGCCAGCUACGUUCUAUGACGCUUUUAUGAUGUGUAACGCCGAAGGUGCAGUAUUGGCAUCACCACUGAACGAUUACUUAAAGAAGGCAAUGGUAUCGUUACACAAGAAGAUUAUUGGUGAAUACUCAGCUUUUUAUACUGGGAUUCACUCGGUGGUCUCUAAAGGAGCUUUUGCAUCUAUAGAGGGAACACCCAUAUCAAAAAUUGACUUGGAAUGGGCAUCGUACGAGCCUGAUAACAUUAAUGACAAAGAGAAUUGCAUAGUCAUGCUCCGGAACGGUACUGCGGCUGAUGUUCCUUGCAACGAGACUUAUCCUUACAUCUGUUACAAGAAGAAGACUGCUCGCAUGACUUUUACUAACGAGUGUGGCACUGUCGAUGAAGAAUACACCCUGGACUCUCGUACGGGUAGCUGCUACAAGCUCCACCGCGUCGGCUACACCUGGAAACGAGCGAACAUGAUCUGUCAGGCGGAGGGCGGUCACCUCGCCAUCGUCAACAGCAACACCGAGGUGCAGGUCCUUAAGGACCUCAUGGCAAAAUACCCACCAGAAGUAAUUUCCUCUCCAGCUCAACAUUUCUCCAUCGGCUUCCACGACUGGGGAGAAAACGGUGUCUGGUUCACUGUCCACGGUCAACCGCUGAAUGAGUCAGGAUAUUCGACUUUUGCGAAAGGUCAGCCAGAUAAUGCCACAACCUACGACAGCUCCGGCUCUCACUGUGGUGGUAUAUACCGCACUGGUUUACUGGACGAUGUGUGGUGUACCGGUCGCAACAUACCAUUCAUCUGUGAAAAGAGUCCGGACAGCUUAAUUGCGACCGAUUUUAAAUAUAAAUAGAAACUAUGUAUUAACAGAAAUUGUUCCGCAGUGAAUCUGGUUUCGCAUAAAAAUAUAUUUAAUUUAGUUUAUAUGGUAUGACAAGCAUAAUUCCGUUUCUAAAUUGGUUAGGAUUAAUUACUUAAUUAUAUCUGGCCACUCAAUCUGUAUUAAUUAUAAUUAGCAUAACCGCCUUUUUUCAAACAAACGAAGUUCAAGACAUUGCGCUGCACAUGUGAUUUUUCUUAACAAUAUAUUUCGUUCAUUACGUGCGUGAGAUUUCAUAAAAUUCGAAAAGAACAUUUCCCUCUGUACUAUUAGCGUUUUUGGUGUGAAAACCACAAGGAGAAAGAUUUGAACAGUGUCCUAGGAUAAUUUCGUGUGGUCACUCACGCGCCUUGACCGUUGUCCUGAGGGAACGUGCAGGCCCGGCUAAGGAUAAAAGAGGUGAGUGGCCAGUCUUCUUAACAGAAAUAAAAACAAACUGGUUCAGUGUGCAUAAAUAUUAUAAAUCAUGGUUUUGUUUUUCUAUUGAAACCUAUUCACAAAAAGUUUAUUAAUUAUAAGUACGGUUAUUUAAAGUUCUUUUGAAGCGAUGUAAAUAAGAAAAUGUUAUUUCGUGGUCGGGGAGACCCGCAUGCGGUAUAUCGAACGACUAAUCGCUCACUAAAAAUGGUCUCUAAAUGGUUAAUUGUUUAAACUUAACCGUUAAAGAUGCUACCCUGUUAAAUAUAGUCUCGUAUUCGACGUCUCUAUGUUAUGAUUGCGCUGUGCUCGACGUUGAGUAUGUAGAAUAGAACUGCAUGACAACCAAUAUAGCAAUCUGUAUGCGUGAUACUUCUAUUUUUAUCCUCGUAACCGCAUAUUGUUAAAUUCUAUUCCGUUUCACAAUCUUAAUAAUUAGGACCCCCACAUUCCAAUUUUCUCAGAUAGCUACGCGAACUGCCAAAAGGUUUACUGGACUAUUCGUUUAUAGGUGAAUUUUGCGAUUGUAUAGAUGUUAUAAAUUUGAACCUCAAUAUCUCUAAAAGCGCAUUCUAUAGAAACUUUUUGAAUACACGACCCUUUUCCAGGUGUAAGAAUUCUGGCGAAUCUCUUUUUUUAUUUAGGUAUUAUUUACGUAUUAAGUUUCCUUAUGUUAUUAGAACUAUGAUUUGAUAUUUUAUUGAAAAUCAACUCCAUCCUGUAUUAAACCAUAUGAAACGUUGACUUUUUUUUUGCCGGCGACUUCUCGAGUAAGUUUUCAUGACCCUCCUAUGGGUCGCAACCCACAGAUUGAAAAACACUGUUCUAUUGUAUCAUGUUUCAAUAAUAUUAUUAUUGGUUUUCAUUAUUAUUUUAAUGAUGCUCCAUAUAAAUCACGUGACUUGAAAGAUUCGUAUUUAUGUAUUUGUUUAAAUAAGUAUACCUCAGAGAGUUAACUACAUACGCCUACACUCAAUAAACAAAUUUGAACUAAGUAU